GUGAAUACCUAUGGUUUGAAAGGAAGCGAGACAAAAUUGAUGCCAAGGUUUACUGCGAGUGAGAGAGGAAACGCCUUCGUUGUCCGCUUUGGGUGGUCAACAAGCAAUGAAGGAAGAUGUUGGCGGUAAUAUCGCUCGUACGAGGACCGAAAAUGUGAUGCGCGGAACAACGCCGAACACAGGUGCUGAAAUGGAAGGCAGCACAUCCAAGUGCGGCAUGAGGGAAGCAACCCCAGGAUUCGUUUCGCUGGUGAGGAGAGUUCGCAAUGACAUAGAAGGAGCAGCGGACGACCAGACUCAAAAGGUUGAGCAUGCAGACAAGGAAUCAGAGCACGGCCCAGAUGGGAUGGACAUAGAGGAUGAUCCCCUCUUUCACAUCCCGGACGAUGCCCCCAAACAACUUGCACCGGGUGAUAACAUAUCAUAUGACAUGAAGGAGAUGAAAGGAGGACCUCACUUUCUAGACAUAAAGUACAAAGAGUCACAUGAACACGAGUGGGGCCAUCAGAUCGUAUGGCAUCCAGGUCUUUUCGAGCCUUGUGUGAUUAAUGGCAGAUGGCACAUCCGAAUGGGUGGGACAUGGGUAUUCAGGGAAAGAGUCCUCAGGAGCAGGUUUUAUGAAAUCGCGAAGGACAACUUGUCUACCCGCGUGAAGCAGGCGAACAAAGAUGUGUCAGACUACAAAAUCUCAGAGAAAGUGAACUCAUUGUUCGAAUUCUUGCGUGAAAAUCACCUUCUCGAGUAUUGCGUUGCGUUCUACGACAAGAAAUCGAGUCCGUCGUAUGGAGCUGUCAUAUGGUUUGUGGACUACCGUGCAACAGACUGUAUGUUCGACACUGACAUACUUCUGGGAUGCAGUCAAGGCCUUGAGGGACACACGGGUGCAAGGAAGAAGAUCGGUUCAGCAGCAGCAGGAGGUGGUGGCGAGAGUGUGGCAAACAAGGAAGGGCAUACCAGGAUGCAAAACACAAAUGGAUAUGAGUUCGCAGAGCGGCCAUCGAGCACACCGCAACCAACACUUAGACCGCCAGAAGGCAUCAGUGCAGUAGGAGCCAGAAGUGAGACAAUAGCAACAGCAAGCGGGGCAGUUGUUUCACAUGUGCAUGGCGAAGACGGGAAGGACGAAAAGAUUGAAGAGGACCAGGGACAAAAAACAUCAGACGAAGAAGGGUCAAAAUUUCAGGCACAUGAGGGAGUGAAGGCGGUGGCAUGGAAUGUCGAUUCCCAUUCCAAGCAGUCGCAUACGACUGUCAUCAAUACACAGGCGCAAGGCACCGACGAAGCCACCAGAGAGCAAAGUGCGCAUGAGAAAGAAAGGGGGAAAGGACCAGUGCAUAUGGAAUGCACUGGUCCAGGAACACAAAUGGUUUCGGAGUCAACAAUGGCAGAAAUGAGAGCUGAUUUGGAGGGUGUCAGUGCGGCACAGCACGAAAGGUUCCAAGCACGGCAAACAGAGAAAGGGGGGAGGAAAAUGAGAAAGAAGAGGAGGGGAACAUGAGUCAGAGUGCGAUCAACUUGGUGGACCAGUCUAGUGAGAACGAAGAAACAUCUGACAAGGAAGAAGCGAAAGAGUCGGAAGAGGAGUUUCAAGAAAGAGAGCGUGAUGUGAGCGAAGCGUUUGAAAGA